AUGGAUGAGGUGGGAAUAUCAAUAGCAGCAAAACUUGCUGAAUAUUUGGUGGAUCCUACUUUACGCCAAUUGCAAUAUUUGUUUUGCGUCGGAAAAAUCACCAGAAAUGUUGAGACCAAAAAGGAGGAAUUGGUGCUGAGGCAGGGGAGGGUGCAGGAACGUGUUGAAGAAGCCAUUAAGAGGACUGAGAGGAUCGAUGAUGAGGUUAACAAGUGGAAGAAUGAGGUGGUGAGGCUCAUAGCAGAUGUGGAGAACUUGGUGCAAGAACUUAAUGCCAACAAUGGCUGCUUCCAAAGGUGGUGUCCUACUGGGAGGAGAUAUCAUCUCUGCAAAGUGUUGGCAAAGGCAACCCAGCGGAUGGCAGAGCUAAAUACAAAGAGUGAUCAGUUCGAACCAUUUUCGCAUCAUGUUAUUGUUCCAGAUAUAGAGUAUCACUCUUCUAAAGAUUUUAUGUUCUUCAAGUCAACAGAAAUGGCAUAUGAUCAACUAUGGGAGGCACUGCAAGAUGAUGAUAGCUCUAUAAUUGGGUUGUGGGGUAUGGGCGGUUCGGGCAAAACCACAUUGAUAAAGGAAGUAGGAAAGAAAGCCAAAGAAUUAGGGCUAUUUGAUCGAGUUAUAAUCACAACAGUUUCCCAAACUCCAAAUAUUAGGAAGAUUCAGGGUGAACUUGCAGACCUGAUGGGACUUGAGUUGAAGGAAGAAACUGAAGUGGGAAGGGCGAGAAGAAUUGCAAUGAAAUUACAAAGUCCAGAGGAGCGAAUUCUGAUUAUAUUGGAUGAUGUAUGGGCUAUGUUGAACCUUGAGGAUAUAGGGAAACCCUUUGGGGAUGAAGGUCCCAGAAAUUGCAAAGUCCUUCUUACCACACGUCGUCAAGAUGUAUGUAGUUUGAUGGAUUGCCAAAAAACUAUUCCAUUGGGUUUGCUAACAGAACAUGAAGCCUGGGAUCUAUUUCAAACUCAUGCUAAAGUAGAUGAUGGUGCUAGAAAAGUGGCCCAGGAAGUUGUUACGGAAUGUAAGGGACUACCCAUUGCAAUUGUGGCCAUGGGGAAGUGCUUAAGAAGAAAAGGACUUGAUGAGGUGAAUGUAGUAUUGCAUAGGUUAAGACAUUCGAAGCCAGUUGACGUGGAUAAGGGAGGGAGUGAUGCUUUUACUUGUCUGAAGUUAAGCUAUGAUUAUUUGGGAACUGUAGAAGCCAAAUCGUUGUUCUUGAUCUGUGCUAUGUUUCCCGAAGAUCAUGAAAUUAUCAUUGAAGAUCUUUUUAGAUAUGGAGUUGGGUUGGGCCUAUGCGAAGAUGCUGACUCAUUUGAAAUAGCAAGGAGCCAAGUUAUAGCAGCCAUAAAUGUUCUCAUUGAUUCUUCGUUGUUGAUGUAUUUUGUCAACUUCAAGAGUGAAAAAUCUGUGAAAAUGCAUGACAUGGUUCGCGAUGUAGCUUUGUGGAUAGCACCUAGAGAGCAUGGUACAAUUAUGGUAAACUCUGCUAAAGAAUUGAAUGAAUUGCUUGAAGAUGAAGCAGUAAAAGAUUGCUAUGCAGUAUCUUCAUGGAAGAAAAAAACUGAAUUGGUUAAAUUUCCUUCCCAAUUGGACGCUCCAAAGCUUGAGCUUCUGUGUUAA